AUGCUGAGCUCAGUCUGCGUCUCGUCCUUCCGCGGGCGCCAGGGGGCCAGCAAGCAGCAGCCGGCGCCAACGCCGCAGCCGCCCGAGUCCCCGCCGCCGCCACCGCUGCCGCCGCAGCAGCAGCAGCCUGCGCAGCCCGGCCCCGCCGCGUCCCCGGCGGGCCCCCCGGCACCCCGCGGGCCCGGGGGCCGGCGCGCCGAGCCAUGCCCCGGGCUGCCGGCGGCGGCCAUGGGGCGGCACGGCGGCGGCGGUGGCGACAGCGGCAAGAUCGUGAUCAACGUGGGCGGCGUGCGCCAUGAGACGUACCGCUCGACGCUGCGCACCCUGCCGGGGACGCGGCUGGCCGGCCUGACGGAGCCCGAGGCGGCGGCACGCUUCGACUACGACCCGGGCGCCGACGAGUUCUUCUUUGACCGGCACCCGGGAGUCUUCGCGUACGUGCUCAACUACUACCGCACUGGCAAGCUGCACUGCCCGGCCGACGUGUGCGGACCCCUGUUUGAGGAGGAGCUCGGCUUCUGGGGCAUCGACGAGACCGACGUGGAGGCCUGCUGCUGGAUGACCUACCGGCAGCAUCGCGACGCUGAGGAGGCGCUCGACUCCUUCGAGGCGCCCGACCCCGCAGGCGCCGCCAACGCCGCCAACGCCGCCGGCGCCCACGACGGAGGCCUGGACGACGAAGCGGGCGCGGGCGGCGGCGGCCUGGACGGAGCGGGCGGCGAGCUCAAGCGCCUCUGCUUCCAGGACGCGGGCGGCGGCGCCGGGGGGCCGCCAGGGGGCGCGGGCGGCGCGGGCGGCACGUGGUGGCGCCGCUGGCAGCCCCGCGUGUGGGCGCUCUUCGAGGACCCCUACUCGUCGCGGGCUGCCAGGUAUGUGGCCUUCGCCUCCCUCUUCUUCAUCCUCAUCUCCAUCACCACCUUCUGCCUGGAAACCCAUGAGGGCUUCAUCCAUAUCAGCAACAAGACGGUGACCCAGGCCUCCCCGAUCCCCGGGGCACCUCCGGAGAACAUCACCAACGUGGAGGUGGAGACGGAGCCCUUCCUGACCUACGUGGAGGGGGUGUGCGUGGUCUGGUUCACCUUCGAGUUCCUCAUGCGCAUCACCUUCUGCCCGGACAAGGUGGAGUUUCUUAAAAGCAGCCUCAACAUCAUUGACUGUGUGGCCAUCCUGCCCUUCUAUCUCGAGGUGGGCCUCUCGGGCCUCAGCUCCAAGGCUGCCAAAGACGUGCUGGGCUUCCUGCGGGUGGUCCGCUUUGUCCGCAUCCUGCGCAUCUUCAAGCUGACCCGGCACUUCGUGGGGCUGCGCGUGCUGGGACACACGCUCCGCGCCAGCACCAACGAGUUCCUGCUGCUCAUCAUCUUCCUGGCCCUGGGAGUGCUCAUCUUCGCCACCAUGAUUUACUACGCUGAGCGCAUUGGCGCCGACCCCGAUGACAUCCUGGGCUCCAACCACACCUACUUCAAGAACAUCCCCAUUGGCUUCUGGUGGGCCGUGGUCACCAUGACGACCCUGGGCUAUGGAGACAUGUACCCCAAGACAUGGUCGGGGAUGCUGGUUGGGGCGCUGUGUGCCCUGGCGGGGGUGCUGACCAUCGCCAUGCCCGUGCCCGUCAUUGUCAACAACUUUGGCAUGUACUAUUCACUGGCCAUGGCUAAGCAGAAGCUGCCCAAGAAGAAGAACAAACAUAUCCCCCGGCCCCCGCAACCGGGCUCGCCCAACUACUGCAAGCCUGACCCACCCCCGCCACCCCCGCCCCACCCACACCACGGCAGCGGGGGCAUCAGCCCGCCGCCACCCAUCACCCCACCCUCCGUGGGGGUGACUGUGGCCGGGGCCUACCCAGCGGGGCCCCAUGCGCACCCCGGGCUGCUCAGGGGGGGAGCGGGUGGGCUGGGGAUCAUGGGGCUGCCUCCUCUGCCGGCCCCUGGUGAGCCUUGCCCGUUGGCUCAGGAGGAGGUGAUUGAGAUCAACCGGGCAGAUCCUCGCCCCAAUGGGGAUCCGGCAGCAGCUGCGCUUGCCCACGAGGACUGCCCAGCCAUUGACCAGCCCGCCAUGUCCCCGGAAGACAAGAGCCCCAUCACACCUGGAAGCCGUGGCCGCUAUAGCCGGGACCGAGCCUGCUUCCUCCUCACCGACUAUGCCGCUUCCCCUGAUGGCUCCAUCCGAAAAGCCACUGGUGCUCCCCCACUGCCCCCCCAAGACUGGCGUAAGCCAGGCCCCCCAAGCUUCUUGCCCGACCUCAACGCCAACGCCGCGGCCUGGAUAUCCCCCUAGUGGACGAACCCCCUCCCCCUGGGGUUUUUUUUAAAAAUUCAAUCAGGAAAAUGGAGGGCAUACCCAGAACACUUCUGGGUGCAGAAUGGGGAGAGAAAGGCUCAGCCAUCCAUCCAUGCCCCUGUGAAUUCAGCCAGUGCUUAGACAGCACCCACGCGUCCCAGGUACUGGGCAUGGGGAGUUCAACCGUGAACAAAAUCCAUGCCCCCAGGAGCUUCCGCUUUGGAGCAGGAGGCAGACACGGACCUAGAAAGUCAUGGUUUGAGGCGAUACAUGCUAAAAUGGAGGGAGCACAGACAGUAAGAGGAGCACUAGAAACUCCCAGGGGGCAGGGCCGGGCAUCAGGGAAGACUCGAUAUCUGCAGUGGGGCCUUAAGGUUGAGCAGGAGUUCUGACCACACGCAGAGGAAGAAAUCCCAUCCACAGGAAUGGCUGGAGGGAACCGCAGGACAGAGCUUAGGAGACUAGACCAUAGAGGGAGGAUUCUCAGGUAGAGAUGAGGCAGGCUCCAGGCUGAGAGGCUGCAGCCUUGUGUAGGGGCCUGGGGAGGAGGCAGGUGAGCUGGGAGGGGCAGCUCUGGGGUCUUGUGAUGGGAGGCUGGAAGUCAGGAGGCUGGAGAGGAGGCUGAGGUGACAGGUGGAAGCCUGAGCUGGGGCCAGGGCUGGGAGGAUGGAGAGGAAGGGACGAGGCCGAGAGACUCAGGGGUCAGGGAUCAGAAGGGACAGGCUGGGGGGCUGCCGGCCAUGCAGAAGUGAGGGGGAUAGAGUGUGGUGCUAUUUAGUAGAUGAAUCAUUCAGCAGAUAUCACCAAGUACUUACCACAUGCUAGGAAUUUAACAUAUAUUCUUUAAUCCUUGUAACAACCCGAGCCAACUCCUAGCUCCUUUCAUUCAUGUAUUCGAUCCAUUCAUUCACUGUUUCAGCAACUGAUUCUUUUUUUUUUUUUUUUUUGAGAGUGUCUUGCUAUGUCACCUGGGCUGGAGUGCAAUGGUGCAAUCUCAGCUCACUGCAACCUCUGCCUCCUGGAUUCAAGCGAUGGGGUCUCGCUGUGUUGGCCAGGUUGGUCUUGAACUCCUGGGCUCAAGCAAUCCUCCUGCCUUGGCCUCCCAAAGUGCUAAGAUUACAGGCAUGGCCAUGGCCACAACUGAUUCUUGAGAACACAGUUGCAGGCACUACAGAUUUGGGAUAAAACAAAGCAUGAAUCUGCCAUCACGGUUUACAAUCUCUAGAUCGUAAGGGGUCAGCAAACUAACUCCAGCCUGAGGGCCUGAUCUUUCAGCCAUCUGUUUUUGUAAACAAAGCUUUACUGGAACACAACCAUGUUAAGCUACAACAGCAGAGUGGAAUAAUUGGGACAGAGACUAUAUAGCCCCUAUAGCCAAAGAGAUUUACUAUCUGGCCUUUUACAGGAAAAGUUUCUAGCCCCUCAUAGGGAGAAGCAGAAAAUAAGCAAUUAAGGCCAGGUGGGGUGGCUCACAUCUGUAAUCCCAGCACUUUGGGAGGCCUAGGACAGUGGAUCACUUGAGGUCAGGAGUUCGAGACUAGCCUGGCCAACAUGGUGAAACCCCAUCUCUACUAAAAAUACAAAAAUUAGCCGGGCAUGGUGGUGGGCACCAGUAGUCCCAGCGACUUGGGAGGCUGAGGUAGGAGAAUCACUUGAACCAGGGAGGCGGAGGUUGCAGUGAGCCAAGAUCACGCCACUGCAUUCCAGCCUGGGCUACAAACAGAGUGAGACUCCCUCUCAAAAAAAAAAAAAAAAAGAGAGAGAAGAAAAGAAGCAGUUAAGAUAAAGAUAAAAGAACAAGGCUAUUACUCUGGCCACUUCAGUUGAAGAGGUCUGGCUGGGCACAGUGGCUGCUGUCUAUAACCCCAGCACUUUGGGAGGCCAAGGUGGGAGUAUCAUUUGAGCCAGGAAUUUGAGACCAGCCUGGGCAACACAGCAAGACCAUUUCCUCAAAAACAAAAAACUUAGGUGUGGUGGUGCAUGCCUGUAGACCCAGUUACUUGGGAGGCUGAGGUGGGAGGACUGCUGAGCCCAGGAGUCUAGGAGGCUCCAGUGAGCCAUGAUUGUGCCAUGGUGCUCCAGCCUGGGGGGACAGAGUAAGACCCUGUCUCUGGGGAAGAAAAGGAGUUCUGCAAAGGACUUUUUGAGGAGGUGACACAGAACCUGGAGGGUGAAAAGGGCCAGGCAGGCAGAAGAAACAGCAAGUGCAAAGGCCCUGAGCUGCCCGGGGGAGGGGGUGGAAGAUGAGCUUGGCUUGUUUAAGGGACAGCAAAGAGCGCAGUGACGCUGAUCCCAGUGGCCAAGGGGAGAGGGCUGCUGGAGUCCAGGGAGAAAGAUCAGGAUGGGUUUUCGGCCAUGGUGAGGAGGUGGGACUUUAUCUUAAACGUGAAGGGAAGCCACCUGAAGGUAUGUGAUCCAUCACGCAUUCAUUCAACAACUGUCUAUGGAAUCUUCUUUAGAAAUGCAGAGACACAUCCUAAAGGAUCCCUGUCCACAGCCUAAGGAGAUACCAUAAGGGAACCUGAGGGGCCUCCAGGGAUGGCCUCACCUGAACCCCUGUGUUUCACAGACGUUCAAGGAAGGCCAUGACCAACCCACCACCCCAGGCCACAGAGCACAAGGGCCGAGACCCCAGGCUUCCGGGCUCCUAGUCCAGAGGGGGGACUGUCUGGCUCCUCUUGUUCCAUCCCCCCCACCUCUCCUUUUUGCAAUCCCCCCACCCCUGUCAUUGUCCAUUUCCAUCUCAUUACCUCCCCACUCCCCUCCCUGCUCCUAACUCCUCCCCCUGCUUGCACCCACUCCCAGUCCUUUACCUCCCUCUGUUCCCCACCCCCAGGUCUAGAGGGGCCCCUGUGGGAUUGAGGGGGAGAGGGUGUGGGGAGGGUGUGGGCCUAUGGGUGAGGGAGGAUUGGGGUGGGGGUGGCUGGGUGGGGGAGGUCCCUGCUUCUCUUGCCUAUGAUGCCAAAAUCCAUUCAUUGAACUCAAAUCAUGGCUGGAGCUGAUGGGGUGGGCUGAAGCCUCUACCCCUGGUGCCCUGGAUCCUUCCCCCUCCAGCCCUCCCCAAGCCUUCUCCUUGCUGUCCUUCAGCCCCACAACCCUCCCUCCCACAAGACCCCUUUGGCCUAUUGCCCCCCAUGCUCCUUCCCCCAAGAGUCUCUCCUACCACAGCCUUCCCUUCCCAACCUUUUUGUUUUUGUUUUUGAAAUGGGGUCUCACUCUGUCGCCCAGGCUGGAGUGCAGUGGCGCAAUCUUGGCUCACUGCAGCCUCUGCCUCCCAGGUUCAAGUGACUGUCCUGCGUCAGCCUCCAGAGUAGCUGGAAUUACAGGUGCCUGCCACCACGCCUGGCUAAUUUUUGGAUUUUUAGUAGAGAUGGGGUUUUGUUGGCCAGGCUGGUCUCGAACUCCUGGACUCAAGUGAUCUGCUUGCCUUGGCCUCCCAAAGUGCUGGGAUUACAGGUCUGAGCCACUGCG